CGCCAAGGUACAGCUGAUACUCAAAGCGUGAGAAACAGAGAAGAGAGAAAGCCACGCCCUCCAGACAAGAGCUUAUUACUACAGUUAUCAGUACUCUUUAGUGGAGAUUUGACAGAAGAUCAACGUCAAAAUGCGAUUGGUUUGCCUGUUUCUGCUGGUGGCCGGCAGUGUGUUUGCUGAAGAGGAUGACAAGAAGGAAAGUGUUGGGACAGUGAUUGGAAUAGACCUCGGCACGACCUACUCCUGUGUUGGAGUGUUCAAGAACGGCCGUGUGGAGAUCAUCGCUAAUGACCAGGGAAACCGCAUCACUCCAUCAUACGUGGCCUUCACCACCGAAGGUGAGCGUCUCAUCGGAGACGCUGCGAAGAACCAGCUGACCUCCAACCCUGAGAACACCGUCUUUGAUGCCAAGAGGAUGAUCGGCCGCACAUGGGGCGACUCGUCUGUGCAGCAGGACAUUAAAUACUUUCCCUUUAAGGUUAUUGAGAAGAAGAACAAGCCUCACAUCCAGCUGGACAUCGGAUCAGGUCAGAUGAAGACUUUCGCCCCUGAGGAAAUCUCUGCUAUGGUUCUGACUAAAAUGAAGGAGACUGCGGAGGCUUACCUGGGAAAAAAGGUCACACAUGCUGUGGUCACUGUCCCCGCUUAUUUCAAUGAUGCCCAGCGCCAGGCCACCAAAGAUGCAGGAACCAUUGCUGGUCUGAACGUCAUGAGGAUCAUCAGUGAGCCAACCGCCGCUGCCAUUGCUUACGGUCUGGACAAGAAGGACGGUGAGAAGAACAUCCUGGUGUUUGAUCUCGGUGGCGGCACCUUCGACGUUUCCCUGCUGACCAUCGAUAACGGCGUCUUCGAGGUGGUGGCCACUAAUGGAGACACUCACCUCGGCGGGGAAGACUUCGAUCAGCGCGUCAUGGAGCACUUCAUCAAGCUCUACAAGAAGAAGACCGGAAAGGAUGUGCGCAAGGACAACCGUGCCGUGCAGAAGCUGCGUCGUGAGGUGGAGAAGGCCAAGAGAGCGCUGUCUGCCCAGCAUCAGGCCCGCAUCGAGAUCGAGUCCUUCUUUGAGGGUGAAGACUUCUCCGAGACGCUGACCCGCGCCAAGUUUGAGGAGCUCAACAUGGACUUGUUCCGCUCCACAAUGAAACCAGUGCAGAAGGUUCUGGAAGACUCUGACCUGAAGAAGGCUGACAUUGACGAGAUCGUUCUGGUCGGUGGCUCCACUCGUAUUCCCAAGAUCCAGCAGCUGGUGAAGGAGUUCUUCAACGGCAAGGAGCCGUCCAGAGGAAUCAACCCUGAUGAGGCCGUUGCUUACGGAGCCGCCGUCCAGGCCGGAGUCCUGUCAGGAGAAGAGGACACUAAUAAGCUGGCGAUUCUGGACGUUUGCCCUUUGACCCUGGGCAUUGAGACGGUCGGAGGAGUGAUGACCAAACUUAUUUCCAGGAACACAGUCUUGCCCACCAAGAAAUCCCAGAUCUUCUCCACCGCUUCUGACAACCAGCCAACCGUGACCAUCAAAGUUUAUGAAGGUGAGCGUUCGAUGACCAAGGAUAACCACCUCCUGGGCACCUUUGACCUGACUGGCAUCCCUCCGGCUCCCCGCGGCGUUCCUCAGAUCGAGGUCACCUUCGAGGUUGAUGUCAACAGCAUCCUGCGUGUCACCGCCGAGGACAAGGGCACGGGCAACAAGAACAAGAUCACCAUCACCAACGACCAGAACCGGCUGACGCCCGAGGACAUUGAGCGCAUGGUGAACGAGGCCGAACGCUUCACCGAUGAGGACAAGAAUCUGAAGGAGCGCAUCGACGCCCGCAACGAGCUGGAGAGCUAUGCCUACUCCCUGAAGAACCAGAUCGGGGACAAAGAGAAGCUGGGCGGCAAGCUGUCAUCUGAUGACAAGGAGGCCAUCGAGAAGGCCGUCGAGGAGAAGAUCGAGUGGCUGGAGUCUCACCAGAACGCAGAUCUCAAGGACUUCCAGGCCAAGAAGAAGGAGCUGGAGGAAAUCGUGCAGCCCAUCGUAAGCAAGCUGUACGGCAGCGCGGGUGGCCCGCCGCCAGAGGAGGACCACGAAAAUGACGAGUUGUAGACCGUUCAGACCUCUUUCGAGUUGCGUUAAUACCCUUGUCUCUCUAGAAGCGGCUAAGGUGUAAAUAUGUACUCCAGUGGUUCAAGUCUUUCCUCUCAGAUAGGUCCUUCAAGGUAUCUUGGAUGGGUGAGGUGUCCAAAUCGCAACAUAUAGCUACUGGGGUGCCUCAGGGCUCAGUUCCUGGACCCCUUCUCUUGUCUACAAAGUACUGAAUCACAUUUGUAUCUUUAUUAUGAAUCAAUUUAUACAUAGUUCAUACAGUGAAGAUUAUACUUUAAUUUUAUAUUUGAUUAUCCGGUUUCUGUGGUAUUUCUUAAAACAUGUUAAACUUUGGCUAAUGUACCUGAAAAACAUUUAAAAACAUUUAAUUUAAAGUUCAUUUAAUUUUGUCUAUUGUAUUUGUCCUAUUGUUUAUUUAUUUUUUAUUUUAUUUACCAGUUUUAUGUUUGCAAAUGUUUUUAUUUUUUUUUUUAUUAAGGAUUAUUGUAUAAUUAUGUACUAAGUAAUUUUUCUAUUUGUCUCAGGGCUGCCUGGGUUUAUUGUAGAUGACUGCUGGUCAGCUUAAAUGACUGUUAAUUUGAGUUAAUUUUAAUGUGAAAUUAGUUAAUUUUGUUCCCCUGAAAUAUAGACAAUUCAUGCAUUUGGGUGAAUGAUAGAGUGCUUUAAAAAAAAUUAAAUAUUAAAACUAACUAUUUAAAA